GAUAUAUGCCUAAUGGGCGCUGUGCUAUGGCCAACGGAAUCGCAAAAGGAGGUUCUGGUUCUGAUAUGGUUUUGGCUGAAAUAUUUUUAAAGGAAAUUGGCAAGGAUGUAAUUGAUUGGGAAUACGGAUAUGAAGCUUUACUUAAAAACGCUGAAGGAGAUCCAUUCUCGUCGGGUUAUUAUGAAGGACGAAUGGACCUUAGAUAUUAUAUCGAUCAGGGAUACAUAACUUCUAAUGGUUAUGGUUAUUCAUGUAGCAGAACAUUGGAAUAUUCAGUAAAUGAUUAUGCAAUCUCACUAGUUGCUAAAGGCUUAGGUAAAACCGAGGAUUACGCUAAGUAUAAAGCUCGUGCAAAAAAUUGGCAGAAAUUAUGGUGCCCUGACAAGACUGUUAAUG